UUAGUUAUAGAAGAAAAUAGUCAAAAUGAAAUAUAAGGUGAGAGACGUGGAGAGUGACAGUCAGAGUUCCAGUGCUAUGCCGGCUUGCAAACUGGAAGAGAAGCUGGAGCGUACGGUACGACGGUCGUCGGUACUGAUCUGCGCGUUGGUGCUGUCACUGGCGGCGCUGGGCGGGUAUACAGCAGUGCUGCUGCUGGCCGGCAACUCUGCCACCAUGCCCUGCCUUAGCGAGGAGUGCGUCGCCACUGCCUCCCGUAUCCUCUCAUCGCUGAACAAAGAUGUGGAACCGUGCACUGACUUCUACGAGUUCGCGUGCGGCGGCUGGAUCAAGAAGAAUCCGGUGCCGGAAUGGGCAACCUCCUGGGACCAGCUGGCGCUGCUGCGGGAGCAACUGAUAGAGAACCUGCGCGAGCUGCUGGAGGCGGGCGAUGGGGAGGACGGAGAGAUCCUGCCAGAGAGCGUAAAGAAGGCCAAGAUUCUGUACAAGACUUGUAUUAAUACCGACAAAUUGGAAGAGAACGGAAUCAAGCCGAUCGAGAGCUUACUAUCGAAGUUAGGUCUGCCGAGCAAACCGCCUCAGAAUGCAAGCGAGGACUUCUCGUGGGAGUCAGUGGCGGGGCGCGGCCGCCGCAUGCUGGGUCUCAACGUGCUGAUCAGCGUGCAGGUCGCAGAGGACGUUCGCAACACCAGCAGGAACCGCGUCGUGGUGGAGCAAGUGUCGCCGGGCUUCAGCGAGCGGUACCUGCUGCAGGAGCAACAGUUCGCUCACGAACUGGCGCAGUACGAACAGUACAUCCGCGACAUGGUCUCUAUCGCCGACCCCGACGUUGAUGCUCAGCUCUUCGCCGAUGACAUUAUAGCCUUCAGCAAGAGCCUCGCCAAGAUAAUGACCCCGAUGGAAGUCCGUCGUAGCGGCACGCACUUGUUCCACGAGGUCAGCUUGUCGCAGCUGCUGCAAGGCACCGCCGGAGGACCGCCGCAGUGGAACCAGCAUAAUUGGGAGAAAUACCUGAAGCUGGUGUUCGCCAACACGAGUGUGACACUGGACCCCAUCACCGACCGCAUCAUCGUCAUGGACCUGCCAUACCUGCAGAAGUUGUCCGUACUUCUCAAUGAAACGGAACCCCUCGUAGUUGAGCGGUUCCUGUGGUGGAGCGUGUUCUCGACGGUGGCGCCGAUGACGCUGCGCUCCUUCCGCGACCUCGGGUUCAGGUUCUCGCGCGAGGUGUUCGGUCUGCGCCAGCGCACGCCGCGCUGGAAGACCUGCGCCGCCAACGUCAACGCCAACUUCGGCCUCGCCCUCAGCUACGCCUACGUCCGCCGACACUUCCACCCCGACGACAGGGAGAAGGCAGUGGAGAUGGUGGAGGAUGUGCGCGCGGCGUUCGCGGCGGCGGUCCAGCAGCUGGACUGGAUGGACGCGAGCACGCGCGCGCGAACACUGCGCAAGCUGCAGGCGAUACGUAACUUUGUCGGCUUCCCCGCCUGGCUGCUGCACACAGACAAGCUUGACGCACAUUACAAACAUGCGCACGUGGUCGAGGGCAGUCUGUUCGACACUUACCUUAACCUGACGUGGGCCGCCGUCAAGAAGUCCUUCGAGUCGCUGCGAGAGAAACCGGACAGGAACAGAUGGGUUGCAACAGCUACCACAGUGAACGCGUUUUAUUCGGCUACACUUAAUUCAGUCACAUUCCCGGCGGGCAUUCUGCAGCCGCCUUUCUACGGCAACGGCAUUGAGGCAAUAAACUACGGCUCCAUCGGCGCAAUCAUGGGACACGAAGUUACGCACGGCUUUGAUGACCAAGGUCGUCGCUACGACGAGGAGGGCAACCUGAAGCAGUGGUGGUCUGCGGCGACGCUGGAGCACUACCACGCGAAGGUGCAGUGCAUCAUCGAGCAGUACGGGCGCUAUCACAUGCCGCAGCUGCCCGACUACGCGGUGCACGGCUUCAACACGCAGGGAGAGAACAUCGCCGACAAUGGCGGCCUCCGCGCCGCGCUCAGCGCAUACGCGCGCUACACGCGGCGACACGCCGCCCUCGCCGCCGCGCACCCGCGUGUGCUGCCCGGCCUCCCACACUACUCCCCCAAACAGCUCUUCUUCCUCGGCUUCGCGCAGAUCUGGUGCGGCAACUCGACAGUGGGCGCGCUGAAGUCCAAGCUGGUGGAGGGGGUGCACAGCCCCAACAAGAUCCGCGUCAUCGGCACCCUCAGCAACUCUGAGGAGUUCGCGGAGGCCUGGAGCUGCCCCAAGGGCUCCCCCAUGAACCCCCACCACAAGUGCGUGCUCUGGUAACACACGUCAUCAUAGAUAUAACUCGACCAAAGACAAUAUACACUUUCAUUAAGUUAUUUUUAAAGUUACCGACCUAGUUUUUAAUAUAUUGUACUUAAUUAAUUUUAAUUGGUUAUUUAUUAUUUUAAACGCGACUUAAAAUUGUCAAAUUGACUGAAAUUCUAGAUAUUUAUAGCUUCCUAUAAUCUGGGUUAUGAAAAUGGACAUAAGAAAGUGA